UCCCCGCUCGGCGCCGCCCCCGCGGGAAGGGGGGACACGCCGGGCCCGCCCCCGGCGCGGGCUGUGCGCGUGCUCGGCGGGAGCGGCGCCGGGAAUGGCGGCGGUUUUGGAGCUGCUGCUGCAGGAGGAGGUGCCGGUCAGCGCCGUGGUGCGGUGGCUCCGGCACGGCCCCGGCCACCGCCCGCCUGAGGAGAACCACAUCCAUGACAAGCUGGCAUCUCUUAGCUCGCUUCAGAAAGAUUUUGUGCCUUUUCUGCUAAAUUUUUUAAGGGAGCAGACCAGCCAGAUUCUGACUAAUGGACCCUCUACUCCUGCUAAGACUCCUAAUUCUAAGGCCCAUGGGAGCCAAAGGACAGGAUCAGAAAGGAGGACAGGCCAUGCUAGCAGCAGCCGAGUGCAGCUCUUUUCUCCAAGGACUUCAGUGACCACCUGCUCCACAGAUAUCAGCGUUUCUCCUGCCACAGCAUCCAGCAGCUCCUCCUCCUUUUCUGGGUCCAACCUGUCCAGCCCUUGUGGUGAUUUCCCCAGCGUGGUCUCCAGCAGCAGCCCCAGCUUCGGGCACAGCCCUGUGCUGCACCACGGUGAGAAGAGGUCCUUUCAGAAGCCCAGCCUGGGCAGUUUCCUGGCGGCCACGCCCGAAGCGCUGCCCGUGAGACGGGGCCGGAGGAGGGGCAGCAGCUCGGUCGGUGCCUCUGGCCGGCAGGGAGCUCGUGAUCUGGGAUGUUCCCUUGCUGAAGAGGAGGAUGGGAAGAGUGACAGUGCACCGUGGAGCGGAGGGAGAAGGAAGUGGAGUGGAGCACCUCUUGUUUCUGCCAGAUCCCCACCCAGCCAGCUAAACCUUAACAACUUGGAGGAGUUUCCACCCAUGGGUGCUGCCUCUGGCUGGGCAAACAGAAGCAAACCAUCGAGGCGAAUCAACCCAACCCCUGUGAGUGCUGAGCGGCCCCUCUCAAAACCAAAGACCUGUUUCACUUCCACGCCCGUCAGCCGGUCUCCAGCUGCUCACUGGUCAGCUGGGUCCAGCCCUGAGGCCUUUACUGCUGUCCAGGAAGGAAACCUCUCAUCUGGGAUAAGCAACAGCCUUCAAGAGGAGAGGGAGAUGCUGAAGAAAGAACGAUGCAAAUUGCUGCACCAGGCAUCUUCUCCUGCAGGGAUAUCUUUUGAUCCUGCUACUCCAACUAAGCCUAGCUACACUCGCAGUGCUAGCCUUCCUGCUGAAAGCCACCUGGUGACCUGUGCAAAUCCUGCUAAGGUUUCCUGCAAGAAACAGCUGGAGUGUCUGGCACAGCUCUAUUCAUCAUGUAUAGCAGAAAACCUGGUACCAAAUAUUUUUCUGGAACUGUUUUUUGUUCUGCAACUGUUGACAUCUAAAGGCACUUCUACUGCAGAAGAUGGGGAUAGUGACCCUGAAAUCAGUGAAAGAAAUAGAGAUGUGUCAGGGAGGCAGCAUUUUGAAAGUGUGCACAACUGUGUUUAUUUUGCUGUUCGAGUCUUGGAUUAUCAAUAUGAAAUUAUUUCCCAUUUAGAAAAGGGGAUGCUGAAGCUUUUGGCUGAAAAUGAACGGAUUGCAUCGUUUUCUCCCACCUUGCACAAGAGGCUCAGACAGGCUUAUGAAAGCAGCACAGCCAAGGUGUCUCUCCUGCUGCCAUGCUCUGUACAGUCUGUUUCUUUUCAGCCAGAAACAGAUAAUCGCUCUAACUUUCCCAGUGACAGAGCAUUUCAAGUAUUUAAGAAACAGAGGGAUAUAUUUUAUGAACUUCUGCGUGAAUGGGAGGAUAACCAUGAGAAAACUGUCUGGGACUUUGAAAGAGUUCUGGGGAGCAAGAUCAGGGCCAUGAUGGCUCACCUGUCUGCAACCUGCAACCACAGCCGUUUUGCCAGGCUCUUUCAGAAACAGCUUAUCCAGAUGUGCAAAGGUCCUAUCGGUGGUGGUGCAAGCUGGGGAGACACUGCAGACCAGGAUGUCCUUAAUAUGCUGGGUUCUGAUAAUCUGAGCCGCCUGAAGAGGCUGCAGGAAAGAUUUGUUGUUCCCCAGAGCAUCAGGGGGCCUUGUCCACCCCCUUCGUUCCCAGGGUGCCAACAGUUCUUCAGGGACUUCAUCCUCAGUGCUGGAAGUUACCAGUUCAAUCAGCACCUUGUGGAUAGUCUGUGCCUGAAGAUACUUGAAUUGAAUGGCCUUACUCUGGUGGAGCAUGACCACAGUGAUGGGGAAACAGAUAUGGAGGAACAGGAUGAAAAGAAGCGUUUCACCGUGGCCCUGCUGAGUCUCCGGCUCCUGGCCAAGUUCCUGGGGUUUAUUGUCUUCCUGCCCUAUCGCACUGCGGAGCAGCCAGCCGCAGACUUGCAAGAUUCUGCACUGCUGCUGAGAAACCAGACUCUGCCUGUACUGGAUAUAUUAAAGCUUCUGAGACAAUCUAUUCGGGACCAACGUUCUAUCCUCACUAUUCCUUGGAUUGUGGAGUACCUUUCCCUUGUGGAUCAUGUUGCUCCUUUCCUUGAUUAUUACAGGAAAGUGUUUGGUCUCUUGCUGCAGGUAUACAGGUUAAUGGUCCUUUCUGAAGACAAGGAGAUGAGCUUCCUGAACAAACUGCUGAUCCUUGCAGUUCUGGGUUGGCUUUUUCAGGUUCCAUCAGUCCCUGAAGAGUUGUUUUUUACUACUGAUGACAGGCAGGAGAGAUUUGUGAUGGAUACUGUGACGUCCACUCAGGCUUUGGACUUUGUACCCUUGGUGGAUCAGCAGUUACUUUAUACCUGCUGUCCCUAUCUCAGUGAACUGCGUAAACUACUUGCCUCUUUUGUGGCUGGUAGUGGAGGAAAAAAUGGUGGUUUUAUAAGGAAAAUCACUCCCACAGCUGCAGAGUCCUUAGCACCCAAGGCUUCUGUCACACAGCAGAAACUGCAGGUAGAUUUGGAACAGGCCUUUUUCCACAACCAGCCUCCUUCCCUACGGAGAACAGUGGAAUUUGUGGCAGAGAGGGUGGGAUCCAACUGUGUUAAGCACAUCAAGGCAACACUGGUAGCAGAGCUAGUUCAAAGGGCUGAAGCCAUGUUGCAAGAUAAAGUGAAGGAGGAGGAUGUUAAUCAUGACAAACUGCUUGAAGAGGUGUGCACUCAUCUGUAUGAGGAAGGGGCCCAGGCACUCAUCAAAGGCAGAGAAUUUUGUGAGAAAAAAGGUCCUGAGGCAGUAAGGGUGUUGUUGCCAGAAGAGACAUCUGCAGCAGUUUUAAGUAGUGCAGAAAGCAUUGCUGUUGAACUGGCUACUGAGAAAGCCUGUGGCUGGCUCUCUGCCAACAUUGUAGCACUCAUCAAAAGGGAAGUGAAAGCAACCUUCAACAGAAUGCUGAAAGUCCCAGGAUUUCCCUUGCCAGGUGUGGAUGCUCUGGAGUUGAGAAGGGACUGUCCUCCAGGCUGUCAGCACUGUGCUCCAUUUCCCUCCCAGAUGAUCAAUGAGAUUAAGUAUGUGCUCUGUGUUGCUGUGGGCCCACGGGAGGAGGGUGAAGUGGUUGACUACGUGUGGCUGGAGUCCUUGCUGGGAAGGUUGAGUCAGACACUUCGAUGCAGAAAGUUCAUGUGUCCCACAGCAGAACAGCAGCUGGCCAAGUGCACGGUUGAGUUGGCUUCUUUGCUGGUUUCAGAUCGUGUUCCUCUGAGUCUUGGGAUCAAAUCCCCAGAGAAGAGCCCUGAGAGGCUGCGUGGAAAGAACGAUCCCACCUCCGGCCUCCUAAAACUGCUUUUCUCCAUCUGGAAGGAGGACUUUGGGACAUCUGUGCCUGUGCAGCUGAUCUUCAGCAAGAAGAACAUUGGUUAUCUCACAGAAGCUAAGCAGAGGGAGUGGGAUUUGUUCCUAUUCUUGCUUCAUGGUCUUACAGAACAUAAACUAAUGAGAACUAGUGAAAUCCAGAGUUGCCUGCACAGCCUUGAAGAGCUCCCUUGGCCCUCAAAUUUUGUAAAAGACCUGAAAAGGCUGUCCCGAGUAUUUGUAUCAGAGCAUCAGAUAGAGAAGCCAAGGACUAACCCUUGUGAGCUGACCAGACAAUCUCUAGCCACUGUGACCACACAAAGUUAGCAGAGGUGGAGUGGACUCUGUGGACAAAAAUUACUAAUGAAGAUGCAAAUGGAAUUUUCAGUGUUUCUGAAAGGAUUGGGAGCUCUUUGCUGGGAGUACGCUGAAGAUAAGAGGUCACUUUGUGCAAAACCUGCACUGGGCUUUCUGUCAUGGUGACUCUGCUGAAGGAUUUACAUCAGCACAUGGAUCUCCAAGUCAAAAGCCUUUUUUAAGCACCUUGAUUGUAUCUCAGAGCAGCUGUUCCUUGGACUCAGAGACACUUUUUGUAUUUGUGCCACAACAGGCUAUGACCAAACCCAGGAAUCAACUCAAGUUACUUUGUGAUCAGAGAGAUGGUUUCUGGGUGGCUGUCUCUUAACUCAAUGUGACUUCUCAUGUUGUCCUUUAACAAAGCCUUUACAGUCAGGGGAAGGAGGAGGUGAACCUAUAUGACACAGAGAUGUGCCUAUAUUUAUUUUUCAUUGUAAGCUCAGUGUGGAAGGUUUGAUUUUAAUUUUUUAAGACAAAUUUUAAAAGUUAAACCAUAUUAAAUAAAUCCACUAGACCACUGAUGGCAUUGUUCCUAAAGGAUGUAGAUGCUUAAGUGUUUUUCCAUCUCUUGGAAACAGAACUUGUAAUUUCCGAGGGCUUUAAUAGAAAUAAGGGAUAAAAUAUCUGUUUAUAUUUUUUACUGAAGACAGUAUUUUUAAGACACUUUUUAUACUUGUGAACAUAAAUGGCAUCUUGCUGCUAUUCACUGGUUUUUUAAUAAUUUUUCUUGCCUUGAGUUUGAGUUUUACCAGCCAGGAAGUGCUGCAGCAAGAGAAUUACAGCCUGGAAGAGCAGUCAAAGUAGUGAAGAAGCACUGUGAUGUUCCCUGGAGAGUGAGUUUUGAAAGGGGCCUGUUUCUUGGAGGACAGUGGGCAUUUUCUGCCCUUACAGACAUAUUGUCACCAAGAGCAUGACCUCCUGUUCACUCCCUUCUCCCCAAGUAUUUCCUUGAACUGAGGUUUGGGGCAGGGACUGCUGGUGAGUAGCAGAGUAUGUUUAGGUGCUCAUCAGUUGUCUCAUGGGAUUGCCUGCCUCUGCCCCAAAGCAGUGAGGACAUUAUUUCCUCUUGUCUGUGGGUGUCCUAAUAGUGUAGGUUUUUCCAGAAAGCAAGUUCUGUGUUAUAUGAAAACAGCCUCUGGACAAGGUGAAGCCCAGGGCUCUUUAGCUUGCUAAUUAACUAACCUCCUCCCUGUAUAAGGUGAGAAAAGGUAACAUCUUGGAGUUAGUGAUUCAAGAAAAACUGCAGACAGGACUACUACUACUACAUUAGGUAGUACUACUACAGAACUACUACAGUUCAUAAGGUAGAACUGUGGCUUCUGUUAAAAUAUGUGAUACAGAAAGAGAAAUCAUAGAGACACAUUAGUGUCUGAACUAUAUUGUAAUUUUUCGUGUCGUGUUUACUAAGCGCUGUAUUGAAAAAUUUGGCAGGUUCCACCUGCAUUCCUCUUCUUAGGGAUUUUCUGAUGUGAAUGAAAGAGUCCCCAAAAGUAGGCAUGCUGCAGUACAAAUGGAACAACUUUAUACAGAUGGAAGAGCAAGUACACCAUAUUAUGCCAUACCUGCUCCCUGAGGUUAAGUAUUAGGCCAUGUUUACUGCAGAUCUCAUUUGAAAUUGUUAUAAUAAACAUUAUUAAAUGUCUUGUCUUGUGUUCAAGCUGUCAGUAUAGAACCUCUUCAUACUAGGCUAAAGAAAAAAAAGGGUACCUUGCCACAAAGCAUGGGGCUGAGAAAGUGCAGUACAGACCUCCUGUCUGGCUUGUCGAGCUUCUGAUGAAAUAGAAAUCUAUUUUGUUGGGUAAGGGAGGGCAGGGUGGUGGAAGGGGAAGAAGCUGGAAUCCAUAAGAGUUUAAAAAAAAGGUGCUCCUGGUUCUGACAUGGAUUUUAUUUGGGUAUCAUAAAAGUGUUUGCAUAGAUAUAAUGGCCACAGGUGUUAUUAUGAACUCAGCAUACUGGAAUUAUCCUUCUCUAAUACAUCGUGUUUGGAAGUUUUUCUUUAAAAGGUGACCAAGCCCCAGGAGCAGUUUCCAGCAGCCAGAGAACACAGUUGUGCCCUAUGGGCAGAAGACACUUCUACAGUGGGACCCAGCAGGUAAGAAACACCUCUGUAUCUGUGUUCUUAUCACUUAAUGCAGUGGUGCUGGUCCUUGGGCAUCCCAGGCACAUUUACUUGUAAAACCAGACAACCCCACUCUGUGGCCAAAGCACAGGGGCAGUUGUGGAGCACAGGUUUUCUGCCUGUGGACACUUGGACACCUGCAGCCCCCAGGGCUAGUGGCCCUCUCUCAGAGCCAGUCCCUUGGGCAUUGUCCCUCUGUCCUGGGCACUGGUGCCAGAGGUGCUGCAGGCAGGAGAGCAGGAGCUCACUGAAAACCAGCUCUGAGGGUGUGGCCUUUCUUCUGCCAGUCUUUCCUAUUGUAAACUCACAGGUUUCAAAAGAGAAUUAGGAAAAACGGUGUUACAUUAACUUCCUUCUGAAUGUGCUGGUCUGGGGAGUUGCGUAACAGGACUGGGGAAGAAGCUCCACCCAACUGUCUUUUUUUUUUUAAAUAACCAAACAAAAAACCCCCUUUACUUGGAGAAAGCACUGUCACAGAACCCGAAUUUAAGCAGGGACUGGCUUCCUGAUUAUUGUGCCAAAAGUUUGUAUUCCAUGCCCAUUCCUCAGCAGGUAAGUAGGAGUCCUACAUCUGUUAUCACAAACUUGUGUCUUUGUUUUUUUUCUACCCAGCAUAGUUCCAUAGAUGGGUAUCUUAGCUGGAGCACAAUAAGGUGGGGCACACUUUCUUGUGUAGAAAAUACCAUUUAUUGUGGAUAUGAAAAUAGCAACCUUGAUUUAGGAGCAGAGAUGCAACCCUAGGUGGUACAAUACAAUUGGUUUGAUCAUCUGCUGCUCAGCAGUAACUUACAGGAAGUUGUUUUUUGCCUGUUUUAGAUUACCAAAUUUGAUAUCUGCUGGGCCUGUCUUCCUUCCAAACAAACCAAUGCCAUACAUUAGCAAGUACCAUAAAAUGUUGUAUUUGCAAAAGAAAACAUUCAUAUAAAUAGGCUUUUUAGUAUCAAUUGAAGAUUGUAUUAAAAAAAAGUUACAUUAAGUCAAUACAGAUAAAAAUAAAACUUAGCUUUGAUAGCAUAUAAAAACGCUUCAAACCAAGCAUAUAUAAAUAACUUAAUUUGUAAACGUAGAAAAAAAAAUAUUAAGUAUAUAUAAAAAUAAACAUCUGAUGCACUGUACAAUAAGACACUAUCCUUCAUAGGCACUGGCAUCGUUGAUCAACAGGAAUCCCCCGAGAUGUUUUUCCUACAAAAACUGCUUUAUCACUAGUGCCGUGUCCAAAAUCAAAGAGAAAAAAAGCAAAGCACUGAGCAAAUCUGUAGUGAGUUGUAUGAAGACCUCCCCUACCUCCUCUGGAAAGCUAUGGAAGCAGCACUGGGGACAGAGCCAAUAUCCCAUGCUGCUGGUUCUGCUAAUUUUUCCUGGGGCUUUACUAUACUGCCUUGUUUGCUCUUCCUUCUGAGUUUCCACUGAAGGGAGGACGUUGACACAUUGCAAAUCUGGAAAUCUGUCAUUUUGCUCAGUUGGAGAAAACUCUGUGACAAGUUACCCAUUUUCCUUGAGGGGCUGUGUAAGAGGUGUGAUGCUCAAGUGAACCAUGCUGUGGCUCAGGUUUUUAGCAAAAGGCUGUGCCUCACCAAAAAAAGAACACUAAUAUAUUGGUGCUGAAAUUGCAACCAUGACUGGCCAAAGAUGAAACAAAGCAAAUUUGUGAGUGAAAGGUUUGGUUUUCCUCUGUGAUCUAGUUUGAGGAAGAAACCUUGGGUGGGUAUGUAUCAAAACUGUUAUUUUCUUAAGUAUCAAUUUAAAAUAGCUAUUGUCUUUUUACUUAAAACUCACUACAUUAGUAACAGGAAGUAACAUAGAAGCUGAGAGCCAAAAUUACAUCUGUGCAAAGAUAAAAGUAGAUCUUGGCUCUUGAACUCAAAGGUGGGAAGUGCAGCUAACUUCACCAUGUGCUGGGAAAAUGCACCUUGUACUGAAAGUAACUGUGUUAAAGUAGCAGGCACUGACUGCAGUAGGGUGGAUGCUCAAGUACACAUUUCACUUGACAAAUUCAAAGUGCAAGAGCUUCUUGAACAACGUGGGCUUUUUUUUUUAGCUAGUGAAAGCAUAACAUAGCAGCUUUUAUUGCUUAGAUAUAUCUAAAGUGAUUCUGUACUGUUGUGCUGAAGAAUUGAAUGAAGUUAUUUGGAUAUUUGAGGUGGUUGUGUUUUUGUUUAAAUCUAGAAAUAUGUGAACCAGCUAAGGACUGUGUUGAGCCAACAUGUAAAGCCUGACAGCAGGAUUGUUGGACUAAGUGCUGCAGAAGUCCCAUGAGGUCAUUGAAUGGGAAGAGUCUGUAUUAGCUGCAGUGAGACAGCUGGUCACAUUAUGAACAAAGAAAUGCAGUAAGACCAGCUUGUAUUUUCAGCUCCUAAUGCAUUUGGGUGAAAGUGUAGAAGGGCUGAUGGAAAAAGCCAAUAC